AUGGCCCAUCAGUCCAAACGCACAAUCCUCCUCCUCGGCACAUGCGACACCAAACUCGCAGAACUCCUCUACACAAAAUCCACCCUCGAAUCUCAAAACACAACAGUCCUAUUAAUGGACCUAGGCUGGACUGCGACCUCUAACCCCGAAAUCUCCAUAACGCAACAAACAAUCCUCCACUCUAUCCCAGAUUCAGACCCAAACUCAAAAAUCACCAACCUGAAUUCCUUAACCAGGGAAGCAUAUAUAAAAACCAUAACCGCACCCGCUAUUCGAACCGUCACAGACUUAUUCAAGGAAUUCUUUAUUCAUGGAAUCCUGGGUAUAGGUGGCUCCUGUGGAACAGCUCUAUCCACAUCAAUUAUGCGUGAUGCUGUUCCAAUUGGGUUCCCAAAGUUGAUGGUCUCAACUAUGGCAUCUGGUGAUGUCGCACCUUAUAUCGGUGAAACGGAUAUCGGGAUGAUAUAUUCCAUUGUUGAUAUUGCAGGUCGGAAUCGAGUGUUGGAUAUGGUACUUGGAAAUGCCGUUGGAGCGAUCACCGGAAUGGCGAGGACAUAUAUGGAGCGCCAGCGAUUUCAUUCCCUUGAACUUGAAACAAAGAAGACUCGAAUUGGGAUCACCAUGUUUGGGGUUACCACGCCAGGUGUCACCGCUGCUAAAGAACACUUGACAAAAGUAUUUGGGGAGAAAUGUGAGAUAUUUAUCUUUCAUGCGACGGGAUCUGGGGGACGCGCGAUGGAGAGGUUGAUUAAAGAGGGUCAGAUUGAUGCGGUUCUGGAUCUCACGACCACGGAGAUCGCUGAUGAGGUCGUUGGUGGGGUUUUGAGUGCUGGUGAAAAUCGACUUCGAGCAGCGACAGAAAGGAAUUUGCCCCGGAUUGUUAGUGUUGGAGCGUGUGAUAUGGUGAAUUUUGGACCGGCUGAAACUGUUCCUCCCGCAUUCUCUGAUCAGGGGGCGAAGCGUUUGCUAUAUCGGCAUAAUCCCACUGUCACUAUUGUGAGGACUACGAAGGAGGAGUGUGUUGAGAUUGGAAAAUUGAUUGCAAGAAAUCUUAUUGGAAAUUGUGGUGAGAACAAUGGAGUUGGGUGUAGGACUAAAGUUGUGCUUCCUGUGGGUGGGAUUAGUCUGCUUGAUGCUCUGGGCCAGGCAUUUUGGGACCCUGAGGCGGAUGAGGCUUUAUUCUCAACAUUGGAAGAUGGGUUGGCUGGGACUCAUAUUGAGAUCAUUCGGGAUCAACAUAAUGUUAAUGAUCCUGAGUUUGCGAUUCGCGUUGUGGAUAUGUUAUGUGAUUUAAUCAAGGACUGUAAAUGA